AUGAGAUCCCCUGUUAGCAGCAACCUGGGUAGCAGCUUCCCUCAGCCGCAAACCAAUCAGCCCACUUUUCCUUUUCACUCUUCCUCAUUCGGGCAAAAGAAACUGAGCAGCCUAAUGGCCACGGAUUUUUCCUUCUCAGCCUACCUCAGACCAACCAAUGAUGACAAUGAUGGAUGUGGCGAAAGCAGGGCAGUGGUGGCAGCAGCAGCCCUUGGUGACUUGGAGCUGAGCAUCUUCGAUGCCCGGAAGUACUUCACUGAGACCAGCAUCGACCUGAUUCCCUGUGCAACCAAGAAGAUCUCCCAGCCAGUUCCAAGGUUCUCCAUGGAUUUGUCGGUCGAUGGGUUCAGCAGAAGCUAUCGGACCCGGUCGUACCGCUCUUAUGCGACUCCCACAGCCUCAUCUGAGGCAAGCUCGAACAGCCACACAGGGCUGCUGUCAAACCCACCCGGGGCGAUCCCGGUGUCGCUAAGGAAUCCUGCAUUGGACCGGAAGAGCGGGUCCAGCAAGAAGUCAGUUCAAGUGAAGAAAACCUCAUCAGAGACGAGAUCCCCGGCGAGUCGGAACAACUGCAGUCCCAAACUGGGGGAAGCUGUAAUUUCCAAGCUUAAGCUCGAUAAUUCGACUGGGAAAGUAACUUCGAAACCUGAACUUUUUGUGGAGAAUAUGCAGAAUAUUGUCCCAGAUGCUCAUACCAGAUUCUCCAAUGAAGGAUCCACAUUUCCUGUGCUGAAUCCUUCCACUUCAUCUUCUUCGUUGCCUUCCAAUAGGAAGCUACUCAUCCAUGACUUCCCACCUAAAACUGCUUCUGCUGUCAUUGCUUCUCUACCCCUUCCACUCACCGAAGAUCCACCUCGGGACUCGCUUGAAGUCUUCCAGCCAUCCGGCAUCCCACCAGACAUUCGGAUGAAGUCGAGGGAUGCUAUAUCUUCCCCGGUGAACCCUCGUCGGCGGAUCAACUCUGUAUCAAUCGACGAUGACAUAAUGAGCGAUGCGAGCUCGGACUUGUUUGAGAUUGAGAGCUUUUCCACGCAAGCGAACUCAACCUCUUACCCGGCUGCGUAUGCUCGGCCGAGGGACUCGCUCGACGAGGCAAGGCCAAGGUUCUCCACUGCUGCCAGUGGAGGAAUCUAUGGCUGCCUGGAUGGGCCCACUGCGGUGGCGGCCUACGAUACCGCCACAGAAUGCGGAUACGAGCCAAGUGAAGCUAGCGUCAUGUGGAGCGUGACCACGGCGGAAGGGACGGCCUUUGACCAUGCGAGCGUCACGAACUACUCCGUUAGUGCGUCCGACAUUGAGGAGUUCACCAGGAUACAGCUUCGGCAGCACAACGAGCUCGAGAGGAGUGGAGGCGGCGUUGGCGGAGGCGGAGGGAAGCGGAGGGGAGGCGGAGGCGGGUUGCUGACGAGCUGCCGGUGA